AUGGAGGGAGGAGGAAGAGGAGGAGGAGGAGGACGGGAAUAUAUGAGAGGUCAAGAGGAGGGAGAGAGAAGUGGAGGUCCUCGUCAUCUUGCGUGUCGUCGAUGGAUUUUGCCAGUUCUAGCAGCUUUCCUGCUUGCCUGCAGCGCUGCGGUGGGUCUGAUAGGACAGGAAGGAGGAGCAAGAGCAGAGGAGAGGCGAGAGGAAACACUGUUGCAGUCUCCGAUCGAUUACCUGCUUUCUUCUCGACGUUCCUCGUUCCCUCAAUCGCCCAACUCUGCGCGUUCUCUUGCCAACUUUCCUUCAAAGCGCCUCCGGUCUGCUUCCCAAGUUCAUGUCUUAUCCUGGUUGUUGCUGGAUCCUAAUCGUCGAGCACGAAGGGGGAGGAGCAAGCCGCUGAAAGACCCGCACCUGUCUCAAAGGCUGCUCACUUACAUUCUUGGGGAUGGAGAUGAGGCUCAAGGCGGCAAAGAGUCCCUUGCUGCUAACGGGGUCCGGGCGAGCUCCGAGAUCACUAGCAGGGCAAGACCGAGUGAAACAUUGACCCUUGCUCAACGACGUAGCAGCAGCAAGACGCCUGUCUCCUCAGCACCUGGGAGGACGGAGCUUUCAAAGAAGUUCGCUAGCCUGGUGGAGAACGGGGAGAGUGCAAGGGCCAUAGCGGCAGCGAAGAGAUCCAUUGAGCACUUGUAUCAGCAGCUCAACUCGCUGGAUGUUCGAAUCCUCCAGCAGGAGUGGAACAAGCUCUCGCCCCAGCAGAGACUGGCAGCUCGUCAUAAUCACACUUCCUCCCAUCCUGGCGGCAUCCCACGACCCUAUGGCAAGAACAUUGUGCACUUGUUGUUCGAACGUGGUUCUUGGAUCAAUGAGACGGAGAAUAAGGUCCAGAGAUCUAGUCUGACGCAUGCCGUGAAGGCAACCGCCAACAUGUCUGACAGCAGUGGGAGGGCGGCGAUUGUGAACCCUGACACUUUCAGCUGGUUGUUCGGCAGGCCGUGGCGAAGAGAGACUGAGAUUGCUCCCGCGACUGCUGAGUCUGAGGAUGGGAGGAUGGCGGAGAUCAUCAAUCAGACUGUUCACUUCAACGAGCAGAACACAAGGUCUCAGGCCGUGCUCGACGCGCAGCACCGCGUCAUGAACAUUUUCAAGGAGGCCCCCGCAGGCACCAUUAGCAUUGUCAUCCGAAACAACCAGACAAGAGCUCGCGCGCCUCGAGAGAAACUUGUGGGAAGACGAAUGGUCUCAGCUAAAGGCUCUCAGCUCGCGAGCAGAGGUGGAAACCUCUUGAAGAGCAGCAGUUCAAGGCUGGCCGCGAGGUCGUUCGUUCCCAACCUACCGGGAGACAGCAAUGCAUGCAAGGGAAGCGACUGUAACCUCUCUGACCUCGACAUCUUCGGCCAGUGGCUUCUCGUGGCCCUUGCCAUCCUGCUGACCAUCCUUGCAUGCACGGUAGCAGGCUUCAUCUGCUUCGGCUGCUUGUGGGCAUGGCGAGAGUUCAGAAGGCAGGACCGUUGGGACCUGCUGGUAGACCGAGAGAUCGACAAGGAGACGUCGCAGUCUAAGAGCGGGAAAGUCAUGCAGCCAUCCAAGCCUUCUCCAAGCCAGGGCAAGCAGACAAGUCAACCGGGGAGGAACCAAGCAGGGGGCUCUUCAUUCACCCGUAGGUCCGACAGCAUUAUGUCAAGAUAA